AUGGUACCUACAGUGACCGCAAAUGUCCCGCGCCAGCAACUGCAGCAACAGUGUAUUCAGCCAAGCGCUGGUACACAAGGACCACACCGAUACAGUGCCAGCCCAGGCGCAGUCGCACAGUGUGCUUCUCACCAGACGGGUGUAGAAAGACUUCAUCGCGGUAUCCAAGUUCCCGCUGUGAAUGUGCAGGUCGCGCGAGUAGGGCCGCGCACUCAGCAAGAGCAGUGGCUCAUCGAUGCGCAACCAGAUCUCCAAGGAACGCCUGUCACGAUGGUACCAGCUAUCCCCGCGAAUCAAGGCACUGUGGGGGCUGCUGUCCGUCCUCGUAUUGGAUUGCUCGUGCCGCGCGACGUGUGGCGUCUGCGAGCUCUGCCACCACUCGAACGUUAUAUCGCAUACCACCAUAUGGUAGAGCUAGGACGUCGGAUGAGCCAGUGUGAGCAAGCUAGCGAAGAAUACCUCAAGAUUUGGAAUCGAAUCGUGAACGUCCAAACGAGCUUGAUGGAAGGAGAGGUGGAGUUGGCGAACAAAUUCAAGGAGAACACGACCGAGACCAGGGCAAGUUGGAGCCAACUCGUGGCAUUUCAGGCUGUCGAGACACCAGUCAAUUGGGAAAUGCGGGUGGCCUACACGAACUAUCGCGAUCGCGCCACUGCAUGUGUGACGCCUGCUGAGGAUCUGGCGGUCAAGUCUCAGCCAUCCACACCUGGCCAAGUGCUGGCACAGCAGAAGCCAGAUACGUGGCAAAAGCCGGUACCGAAGCCUCAGACUUGUAUAUCUUCUGCGCCUACCGUUAUUUCGUCAGUACCGGUAGAGACCAUCAGACCAGACCAGGUGAAACAUCCCCAGGACAAAGUCUCGGUCCCUCCAUACCCUGGCGAUAUCGAGGACUUCACACCGCACGAAGUCACCGGAAUGUACAAAUGCAACCACCAAUAUGAGACCGGGGCCUGCUGCACAGAAGGAGUCACAAAGGAAAGAAAGAGAGCUUCAAUCUCGCGGGAUAAAUCGGCGUGGAAGCGACAGGUGGAAAAAUUGGUUCAGAAGGGCGACUUGUAUAAGAGCCAUAUUACAUGGAAGACGGAACUGUCAUCCAAUAAGAAGGAAGACAAGAACAUGAGGAAUGUGGAGAAAGGGCGAUUGCGGAACGAAAAGAAGGCGGAUACCAAUGCGAAAAAAGAAGCGAGAAAGGAACGGAGUAAAAAAUGGCGCGAGCAACCACGCGAUGCGAUCGAUGCGGAAGAUGCGCCCGAAGCUAUUGCGGCACCAAAUCCGCUCGAGCAGAACUACUCAUCAGCCUCUGAAAGUGAUUCUGAGCUUUCUCCAGAAGAACAGGCUGCCGUCGCUGAGACCGCAAUUCAAGAGGAAGUCGCAAAAAAGCUAAGGGAGUACGGGCGCAGACUCAAGUACUGUAAGCGUCUUGAGGGUAUUAAGAAGUGGCCUAAUUGGCCACGCUUCAAUGAGUAUUGGGAGGUCAAACAUCUUGAGGCUCAGGGUUUCCAGCUUUCACCGGAGCAGAGGAUCAUCUCGGAGGGUGAUGAACCGUCUGGGAUGCCAGACAAGAACCCCGCGUUUGUGAAGAAGAAGGCUGAGGAGACAGUGCCGGUGGCGGUUCAGGAGCCCGUGGAGGAUUCUAGCUUGGAUGAUCUGUUCGAGGAUGCGGAUGAAGAUGUCGAGCAAGAUGAUACAAGAUUGGAUGAAUUGUUUGAGGACGAUGGCUCGGAGUCGUAG